AUGGAAAAGGAUGCUGGGGACCACGACUACGAGGCAGACGGAUUCGGCGUCGGGUAUAAGUCCGAGUCAUCCAUCGAUACGCCGCAUCAACCCAACAUACUACUUGUUGUUCGAGAUUACCCAAACGGCACAGUUUUCGAUAUAAAAACCAACAAAUAUGUUGGACCAAAGGCAGGGAAGCCUGCACAGCUAAAGCUGCUGGACAGAUAUUUGGCCUCCGAACAACGAUUUCUGUUGGGAAAAUUCCUAUUCCCAGACAAACUUAAGGACUUACAGGGUCGAGAAGUCGUCAUUGCUGGGUUUGAUUACAGACCCUACACUGUUAUAAAACAUAACACCAAGGCCAACGCACGCGACUUAGCUGUGAGCGGGAACUCCGAUAUAAAAAAUGUCUACAUUGAUGGCACUGAAACUCGUAUCGUUUUAAGUUUCUGUGAGAAAUUUAAUUGCACAGUGCAAAUCGAUACAUCUGACGCAGACGAUUGGGGCAAUAUUUAUCCAAAUAUGUCAGGAGAUGGUGCCCUGGGUAUGGUUAUCAAUCAUAAAGCGGAUAUCUGCAUUGGAGCAAUGUAUUCGUGGUUCGAGGACUACACAUAUUUAGAUCUUUCCAUGUAUCUUGUGCGAUCUGGAAUAACAUGUCUUGUUCCAGCACCUUCGCGACUAGCCAGCUGGUACCUUCCUCUGGAGCCUUUCCAAGAAGCUCUAUGGGCUGCAGUCCUGGUAUGUUUAUGGAUUGAAGCCGUAGGAUUGGUUUUAGCCCUUAAAAGUGAACAGGAACUAUACGCAGCGCCAAGAGACAGAGACAGCUGGUGGAUUUGUACAAAGGUCGGAUUGUCUACGACAUUCAAGCUUUUCAUUUCUCAAUCAGGAAGCAGCAAAGCUAAUUCACUUACAGUUCGUGUCCUUCUUUUCGCCUGCUUUCUUAACGACUUAAUCAUAACCAGCAUAUAUAGCGGUGGCCUUGCCAGUAUAUUGACAAUUCCCAGUCUAGACGAGGCGGCCGACACAGUACAACGUUUGCACUCGCACCGAUUACAAUGGGCAGCAAACUCUGAGGCUUGGGUCUCAGCUAUCCGCGAGUCCGAUGAGCCAUUGGUUCAGGACUUGUUAUACAAUUUUCACAUAUAUGGGGACGACCGAUUACUACAAUUAGCCCAGGAGCAGCGCGUUCGCAUUGGAUUUACAGUUGAGCGUCUGCCCUUUGGUCACUUUGCCAUCGGGAACUAUUUGGUACCUCAAGCUAUUGAUCAGUUAGUAAUCAUGCAGGAUGAUCUAUAUUUCCAAUACACGGUCGCUUUUGUUCCCAGACUGUGGCCUCUUCUCCAACAAUUUAAUACGCUGAUCUACAGCUGGCAUUCGUCUGGUUUCGAUAAAUACUGGGAAUACCGAGUAAUAGCCGAUAACUUAAACCUAAAGAUACAACAACAAGUUGAAGAAACUAUGUCCAAAAGUAAAGAAGAUAUUGGUCCUGUCAUGCUUGGAAUGUCCAACUUUGCUGGAUUCAUACUUGUUUGGAUAUUGGGUUGCGUUAUGGCUAUGUUCGCUUUUUUGGUCGAACUGCUUUUUACGAAAUCUAUAAAUAUAUAA